GUGCAUGUUUGGGAAUGAUCGGCACAUCGUCACCCUGAUCUUGGAAGUGGUCUCUUUCCCCUCUCCCGCCUUGCGGUUGGUAUAAGGGAGUGAUGAGGUCGGCGGGCUGGCGGUUCGCAGCUCGCUUGCGAGCAAAGCUUCAGCCGGGUUGCAGCAUCGAGCAGGGGAAGCCGAGGCUGCGAACCUGCAAGGAGGGCGUCUUCCGCAUAUGAAGUGCGAGCGCCGCUUACGCGCCAAAAAUUAGACGGGCGAGAUUACGUCUGUAGCCGCUGAGCGGAUAUACGACGACGCACGACUCGAUGAGGUCGGUAUAUUCGGGCGCUGGGGCGAAACGGAUCAUCAACUGCCGCAGAAAGGCCUUUGCGAAAGACCUGGUCAGCUUGUCAGGACGACGCAGAACACAGAGCCUAGUUCCGCGGCCUGGUCUACUUUUCAGCGGCGGCCGCUCCCAGGUUCUUCAUGCUGCUCACUCAGAUAUCAGUCAAGAAUGGAUGAGGAAAGCCUCUUGUGCGCGGAGCAAUAUCUCCGGCGCGGGUCUCGCUGUGCCCGCAGGCAGGUCAGUCGGCCCGCCUCCUCUUGGCGAUAGCCUUGAAAAGGCGAGAAGGGGGCUUAAAUUCCAGAUCCAGAACGUUCGAGAAAGCAGACGGCCAAUGGUUGUGAAUAUGUUCCCCGUCUAUGUUUUGGCGAAGGGACGACCUUUGGUGAAAGGCCUUGGAGUCGGGCGUGGGUUGGCCGUCAUAUAUCGCCGUGUGUUUACGCCCCUUUCUGUUAUACCAGUCGAAUUCUGGAUAGUGCCCUGAAUGGAAUAAACGAGAAAUGAAAGUUGAUGCAAUAUCCAUUCUUGCGUGCUUCUUCGAA